CCCAAUGCACUCAUUAUUUAUUUUUAUUAUAGAUAAUUACAAUAUUAAGAAUAAUGUUUAACGUCUAACUUGAUAUUAUUUAGUGUGAUUAUUUAUCUACUUGCGAGUUGCGAAGUGUACAAUAAUUCUACAUUCGUCUUGUUCUUAUAUUAUUUUUAUAAAUUUUAUUUUUCACCUAUUUUGAUGUUUUAAAAGACUAAUUAUUAUGGCUGAAAUAUUUAAGAGUCUGCUACUUUCUGUAUUAACACAACAGUGUUAUGAUGAAUAUUUUGUCAAGUACAAUUUUUUUGAUGAAUUAUGUUUUAAAAGUACAUUAAGCAAAGGACUUGGAAUCGGUAUAAUAGCAGGCUCCAUACUUGUAAAAGUACCUCAAAUAUUGAAAAUUCUUGGGAAUAAAAGUGCAGAGGGAAUCAACAUAUUUGGAGUUUUUCUAGAAUUAUUUGCAAUUACUGCUAACUUUUCUUAUAGUUAUAUUAUGAAAUUUCCCUUCAGUGCGUGGGGAGAUGGCACAUUCCUUGCAAUUCAGACUGCAACCAUAGCAGCUCUUGUAUUGAACUAUAGCGGAGCUCCAACAAAAGCUGGCAUAUUCUUGGCAAUGUACACAGGACUUGUAUCAAUAUUAGUCAGUGGAUAUACUCCCGUCAAUAUCCUGUGGAAUAUGCAAGCAAUGAAUGUUCCUAUCAUAUUUAUAGCAAAGACUAUUCAAGUAGUUACAAACUACAAGAACGGUAGUACUGGACAGCUCUCUGCACUGACUUGUUUCCUUCUAUUUGGUGGCAGUAUUGCAAGGAUAUUCACUUCUAUACAAGAGACAGGAGACUUCAUCAUUAUCCUUACAUAUUGUGUGUCAACACUGGCUAAUGGAGCAUUAGUCUUUCAACUGUUGUGGUAUUGGAAUGUUGAUAAAACAACUAAAAAUAAGAAUAAGAAGAAAAAACGCAAUUAAAAUGUUCAUUUAGAACAUGGAAAUGUGUGGUAUAUAUAUGCAUAAUAAUACUAGUGAAAGAAGGCUUUAUUAUGAUAUAAAAUGAGUACCUCCAAAAAUACAAUCUUUAUAGAAA